GUGACUUUUCAAAUUCUACCAUCAAUGCGUGCAUUGCCAAUAGAUUGCCAAAAGAACACUGCAGUUUGCCUGGAAGAAAUAAUGAAGGAACUCACCCAAGUUCGAUUUGAGGUUAACAUUCUCGCAGAGAACAGAACAUCGUUGAGAUCUAAGAACUGCGCUGAGCUGUACAAAUCUGGUCAAAGGGUCAGCGGUGUUUACACAAUCGACCCGGAUGGUUCAGGCGCCUUUAAUGUAUACUGUGACCAAACUACAACCGGUGGGGGAUGGACGGUGAUCCAGAAGAGAAUGGAUGGCUCUGUCGAUUUUAACCGCAGCUGGGAUGAUUACAAGCAUGGCUUCGGUAACUUGGUCGGUGAAUUUUGGCUCGGACUAGACAAGAUAAACCGCCUGACACAAAACAAGACAAAGAACAAGCUUCGAGUAGAUCUAGGAGUAAAAACUGGCAAGACUGUUCACUCUGAGUAUGGCUGGUUUGGGAUUGGGACCGAGACAGCUAAGUACUGGCUAGACCUUGGCAAAAUCAUAGAUGCCACUGUUUCCAAUGAUUCACUCGGUCCUCAUAAAGGUUUCGUUUUUGGUACCUGGGAUAAGGUUCCUGCUGGUUGUGCUCAACAAAUAGGAGGAGGCUGGUGGUAUGACAGCAGUAUUACCCAAUGUGCUGUUUCGUCAAAUCUUAAUGGUAUUUAUCCACGUUGUGGAAAAGAAACCUUGGCCGCUAUCCACUGGGGAUACUUAGAGAGAAGUGCCAAGGGAAGCGCUCCAACAUCAGCUGAAAUGAAAAUAAGACCAGUGGAAUUUAUGCGCGUGGCUUGA